AUGAUGGAGUGUCGUUUGCGUUACAACAAGAGGAGGCGUGCGGAGGUGUGCCACGGGGCAAUUGUCUUUUCCACCGCACACAUGGUCCGCGGAGGGCCACCAAAGCAUGUACCUCAAACGCCAAUUAAUGUUCCAAAUGCCAUCCACCGUCUUGAACAAAAAAAAACUAGCAGUCAAAUGGCUAAAUUCAAAUUGAAAUGCUCCAAACGUGUUUUUGUGAACUCUGUGCGGAUUCUAUCACUCUGGAGAGAAAAGAAUGAAGCGUCUGGAACUCAACAACGUCAACGUCUUCAUUUAUGUACAAAAGAGGCCCUGCAGACAAUCUGCUACUUGUGUGUGGGAAACUAUCGCUUCGAUGCUGAGAUUUUCUAA